AUGGCCUCACACUUGACCUUGGAGUGCCCCUCAUCCCACGACAUAUACUUCAACCUCAAGGGAGAAGCAUUCUCCCGGCCUAUCUCUGCCUCGGUGCUUCUCAGAAAAUGCACAGAUACAGAGCUCGUAGGUGCAGAUCAAGUGCGGAUCUCUCUUGUCCGCAUGUUGUCAAGCAAAACAAGUCGAGAUCCCGUCAACCGCAGCGAGCCUUUCUUGAAACAAUUUUGUCGUCUGCUGUCGUCAAAGACAUCACCCACUCUCUCUGAAACGACACAGUCAUGCUCUGUUAUAGAAGAAAUGACACUAUGCAUCCCUACCCUUGCUACAGAAAGCCAGGUUGGCUAUUCUCCCAGCGAGGGCAAAGUCUACAAGAUCCCCUUCCACAUGCCCAUCAUACCCACUUUACCCGCAAGUGCCGCCACAGACUUGGGUAGUAUAUCAUAUUUUCUUGCUGCUUCCGUUAUCACGACAGACGGCAAUGCCCUUGGCACAAGUCAGGAGAUCAACAUUAUCCGGCAGCUGAUCUCUGACUGCAAUACCGAGAUUCAGCAUGCGCGCAAUUAUCCAAAUGCAGCUGUAGUGUCCCAUAUCAGCCUUACGCAGCAGGUUGGUUCAACAGACAGUUCAAAGAUCUCUCUCGACGUAAAGGUUCUCCUCAGGAACCCAGCUUCUCCCUCCAGCCGGUCAACAGAGUUCAAAUGUGUGGCAAUACGGGGACUCCGUUGGCGAGUAGAAGAGAUAACCAAGCUCUUUAUCCCACCAGAAGACCCCCUUCAACCGGAGGAUAAUGACUGCUCGGCUAAUCAGCCGACUGAAAAGCAAUCUACUACUCGUGAAAUAUGCAAUGGGUUUCAAAAGGGGUACUGGGGAACUUUACAAAACCCCAUCGUCAAGGAACGUCACCCAUCAGAGACCAAUCACAACUCUCCCGUCGAAAUUAAAUUCGAUAUCUGCAUUUCCAAAGACGUGGCACCUACACCAGACGUCUGUCUAUCCAACUAUACCGCCGAAUCUAUACCAGCACGCUCUCUGCCACCAUCACGUCGGGGACAAUUUUCCCCCACGACCCCAGAGAGUUUGAUGCUCACAGUUGAGCAUCGCCUCCGAUUUGAUCUCUUAACCAGUGAAGACACAUUCGAUGUGGACAAUCACAAUUUGGUUGACCGUACACCAUUAAGAACUGUCUUGAAUGUGUCAUUCCCCCUACACAUUUUCAAAAGGGCUCGCGGUCGCAUUGAUGAGUCUGUCCACCAGGGGAAUCCGCCAUGUUAUGAGGAAGUUCCGGAUUCACCUCCAGAUUACCAAGUUUUUGCAUAA